UCGGCUCACACAUAACCACUUCAAAUUGUUUGAUUUGUCGCACAUAACGUAAAAGUAAUUAAGUAUUCAACGUCAUUCGAGGAUUACUAUACGAGCAGUUGUGUUUUCUGCUACCAUCGUCGAAAAUAGCAGUCAAAAUAGAGUAGCCGGCAACCAACUUCUCCAAAACCGGAGCGUCGAGGAUGUCGGUGUCGUCGGAGAAGCUUGUCAAAUUAGACGGUAGUCUAGGUGAAGGUGGUGGUCAGGUGUUGCGAGUGGCCCUGUGCCUCAGUGCUCUUUACCGGAUUCCCGUGGAGAUCGACAAUAUCCGUGCUGGCCGUCCAAGGCCCGGUCUCUCGGCCCAGCACUUGAAGGGCGUCGAGCUCGUUAAAGAGAUGUGCAACGCCGAGGUGAUAGGCGCCCGCAUAGGCUCGACUCGUCUGAUCUUCAAGCCUGGUUACCUGCAGAGCCAGAAGCAAGAGUUUGUCGCUGACACCAGAACGGCUGGUUGUAUUUGUCUGCUCAUACAGAUUGCCCUGCCUUGUGCGUUAUUCUCGUCCAGAGCAGCCACGUAUAUUCUCAAAGGUGGUACCAAUGUGCCCUUUGGCCCACAAGUAGAAUACAUCAAAAACGUCUUCAAGCCACUUUUAAAGAGGUUUGGGGGAGACUUUGAGAUGGAUAUUCUGAAGAGGGGCUAUUAUCCUCAAGGUGGUGGUGAAGUUCACAUGAAGGUGACUCCUGUUCGUUAUUUGAAGAGCAUAGAGUUACUGGAUGCCGGGGUCCCAACUGACAUAAAGGGCUGGUCAUAUGUUGCCGGCUCUGUGAAUAUUAACGAGGCACAGACAAUGACGAAUAAUGCCCAUUCCACAGUUGUCGAUGAGCUGUCCAAACGAAGCAUUUGCGUACCUCCAAUUGACAUUAUCACGUACAAAGAGCCAAGAAAUGCCACUGUUGGUCAUGAAGCUGGAAUUAAUUUGAUGUGCAAGACAAGCAAAGAUUGUGUUUUUGGGGGCUCAGGCCUAAAUUCAGAGACUCGAGCCCAAACGCCUUCGGGAAUCGAUGCAGCCUACCAACUUUUGGCUCCAAUAUUAAUGGAUUCAUGUGUGGAUCAGCAUUUACAAGACCAAAUGGUUAUUCUAAUGGUUCUUGCUAAGGGCACCUCGAGAGUGAAAAUCGGUAAAAUGGAGUUGACUUGUCAUGCAGAAACUGCAAAGCAAGUUGCAGAAUUGAUGUUAGGAGAUAAGGGACUGUCUUUUUCAUUGAACAAAGAUGAAAAUGGUUCUCACAUACUUGAGUGCAAUGGAUUAGGACUGUGUAAUGAAUAUUUAAGUUGAUACUUGAAGUUACUUUUUUUCACUCAUAAGUUAUAAUUAUCUUACAACGAAUUAAUAUACAGAUUUUUUUUUUCUUUCCUUAUUGUGUUAUUGUGGUAAAUCUAUUAAACAUUUGUACGUA